AGUCGCAAUUUGCAAACAUGGAUGCAGCAACUAUCGGAGCCGUCUGGUCGAAACAGCGAAAUGUAACAAUACCAAUCAUGCUGGCAGCUUUUGGGGUUCGCAAAGGUCAUCAGAUAGUUGUUUUUUUUCCCCCUUUAUCACAUAAUGAUUAUUUCUUAUCACGCAAAUUCUCUUUCCACAAUAAUUAUCUCUUAAAACAGCCCAAAAGGUCAUCUUAGGUCAUGUCAAUAAUCAGCUGUUUUCUUAUGUGCACAAAUACUUCUUCUUCUUUUUUUGUUUCAUCCCCAGCAAAGUUAAUUUCAAUGUAGUUAAAGCUUUUCAAUUAAGUCAGUGUUAUGACAUGCAUCUCCUUAGAAAACUCCUAAAAAGACGUACCAUCACUGUUUGGUUCCGGUCCAAAUGCCUUGCGUGUGCAGCUGGUUGACAGUGUAACUCUUCUAUAGGUCACUUGGAAGAAGCGGUUGUUGUUGUUGUGAGCAGCCAGUCUAAUCCAGCAAAACUGUGUCAUAGCUUGUGACCCGUCUGCGGAGGCCUGAUCUUGACCUGCUUUCUGGUUGGCAUUAGCUUGCGCUGUCUAACAAACUUGCGAUUCGGGCUGCCCGCGGUUUCUGCAGAUGGAGGGCAGGGGGCUGACAGCAAGAUUUAGUGGAAAGCGCAAGCAAGAUAUAAAUGUACGGUGACAAAUAAUUCUUGGAUUUCUUAGUUCAAUUCUAAACAUUUUAUCUGUUAUUUUGACUUGUACAAACUGAUGAAACUUUUUUUUCCUACCACCCAUGAUUUAUUUAUUUAUUUUGUAAUGAUUGCAAAGGUUAAGAGGUAACGGAAAACUAAAGAGCUGCACUACGGAACAUAUCCACCAGAGAGCACAGUAGCCUGGCCGGGAUGCCUCUUUCCGUUACGUUGUGGGUGUUGCAGCUUUUUCUUAUCAGCAGUCUUGGUUUACAACGGCCGCAUUAAGUUUUUGACUUGACAUUUCAAACCGGGCCUUCCAGCCUCUGUUUAAAUUUCCUCUGUCAAAAAAAAAAGAAAAGAAAAAGUAAGCAUUACAGUUUUGCCUGCCAGAUGUAGCGAAUUGCCUUUUCAAUCAGCAACACCGACAAACUGGACACGUAUUUGGCCACUGUAGCAGAGGAUGUGAACAGGAAGCUCAACCUUAUGUGGUUAACCAACCAUUGCUGAGCACUUGACUUCAUACAGGAAGUCAGUAUCGCUGGUGUUAAGCCUGCAAACUGUUUCUUUGCCUGAGAACUUUUCGUACUCGCGCAGCAAGUUAUUUUGCCUUAAAAUGGCACAGGGAAAGGAUCACUCCUUUGCCAGCCGCUUAUUUAACAAAUAUCUCAAAAGUGGACAGGAGAACAAGGGACAAGAGAGUGACGUGCCUCAAAUCUCUGAGUUCACCAUCAUGUGGGAUAAGAUGAUGAAAGAGUUCUUAGCUAAAGCCAAAGAAGACUUUUUAAGAAAAUGGGAGUGUCCCGCACAGUGUACAACCACCCUGGAUGAGUUUGAAAGGUUCAAGACUCUGGGCACUGGCUCGUUUGGACGCGUAAUGCUCGUGAGGCAUAAAGGAACAAACCAGUUCUACGCCAUGAAGAUCUUGGACAAGCAGAAAGUGGUGAAGUUGAAGCAGAUAGAACACACACUAAAUGAAAAGAAAAUACUACAGGCCGUCUCCUUCCCGUUCCUCGUCAGAUUGGAGUACGCUUUCAAGGACAACUCAAACCUCUACAUGGUGAUGGAAUAUGUGCCCGGUGGAGAAAUGUUCUCACACCUCCGACGCACGGGCAGGUUCAGUGAACAUCAUGCAAGAUUUUAUGCAGCUCAGAUCGUGCUCACCUUCGAGUACCUUCACUCCUUAGACCUCAUCUACAGAGACUUGAAGCCUGAAAACCUGCUCAUAGAUCAACAUGGAUACAUCCAGGUCACAGACUUUGGCUUUGCCAAACGAGUGAAAGGCAGAACCUGGACAUUGUGUGGAACCCCUGAGUACCUGGCUCCAGAGAUCAUCCUCAGCAAGGGCUACAACAAAGCUGUUGACUGGUGGGCCCUUGGAGUUCUUAUCUAUGAGAUGGCCGCUGGUUACCCUCCAUUUUUUGCUGAUCAGCCGAUACAGAUCUAUGAAAAGAUUGUGUCUGGAAAGGUACGAUUUCCUUCGCACUUUAGCUCCGACCUGAAGGACCUGCUGAGGAAUCUGCUGCAGGUAGAUCUGACGAAGAGAUUUGGCAACCUGAAGAACGGUGUAAAUGACAUAAAAAACCAUAAGUGGUUCUCCACAACAGACUGGAUAGCCAUUUAUGAGCGAAAGAUUGAAGCUCCCUUCUUGCCAAAGUGCAGAGGACCCGGCGACACGAGCAACUUCGACGACUACGAAGAGGAAGACAUUCGCGUCUCGCAAACAGAAAAGUGUGCGAAAGAGUUUGCUGACUUUUAGCCGGGACUCCGUCGGGUUUCCGCGGCUUUGGGAUAUUUGCACUCUGGUGAGAGUUAUAAGGUGGAACCGAGGCCAUCCCGUGCUCCCAACAAUCGCCUCGUUCCUUCAUUCCGCACGGCUGAAAUGAGGCCGUUUUUUUGCCAUGCCCCCAGGUGCUGUGAGCGCCGAUCUACACACAGGCAAAUUAUGCAGACACCUUCCUGUGCUGCAACGAAGUACUAGACCACAUUCUCAUUGUUUUUGUUUCAUCUUUUAGUUUUGAGUCUCUCUCUCUUUUGUUUAAAUUUGAAUGUGAAAAACAACAUGCAAAACGAAUUACUCCCUUUUUAAUGAGGUACAGAAAGCGGUAGUAUAACCCUGUUGUUGCACAUGGUAUUGAAGGAGUUUUGAGGUUUUUUCUAAUCUAAUUUUUUAUUUUUACCUGUUGUCUGUUACAAAUUCCAGUGUGUUUAUUUUUUUAGGGGUCUGGUUGAGUUUUGAUUCAUUUAAAAAGCAUUUCCAUCCUUCCGGUGUCCUCAAGACCUGGAAGCGUGUGUUGUUGUUUCUUUUUUUUUUUUUUUUUUUUUUUAAAGCAUGACCAAAUUUUUGACAAAGAUGCAGAUCCGUUUAGAAAGAGGAAAAACUGAUGCAUUUAGGUUCUCCAGCAAAGGAAUUACUAGUUACAAGCGGUAUCAGGAAGCAGGAACAUGUCAGCGCUGUGUCAGCUAAACAGUUGUAGCAUGAUUUAUCCAUAUCUAAUCACAGGACAUUUCCUUUUUACCUCAGUCUUUUGAUGGAAAGAAAUUCUAUAUUUUCUAGGUACAAGUAUAUUUCACGAGGAGUGAAUCCGAAGAUGUUUGCGUUCUGUCUCUGCACACAGUUCGUAUGUUUGUGGUACGUUUAAGCGUCUGUCCAAGAAGUGCACUAGCAUGGCAUUUUUCAAUAGCUGAAAGGUCAGUCUGUUACAUUAUCUGAACGAUACUUCAUAGAAACGAAGCCGCGGUGCUCACAUGGGGGGGACCUUUGUCCCCCUUUGGGUUGCGUUGUGAUUUUUAACUGCUGUGUUUGAGCAGAGCGCUCAGCCCUAGAUUGUGAUCUUUUUCUUUUCUUACCUCUGCAUGUGAAUGUUUGUGCAGCAGCGUCACUGGAAGCUAAUAGUAUCCCCACUUUUUUCUUUUCUUUUCUUUUUUUUUAUUUCUUUUGCAACCUUGGAAUUGUGUCGCAGCAUGAGACGUGAAAGCAGGAGAUACUUUGAUCUAUGUAAUGCAAAUGCCAUAAAAAGUGAUGCCUAAUCACGCAGCCGCAAUAACAGAAGAGAGAAAUAUUAUAAAGUAUGGAUUUAUAUUGGUCACAGCUUGGCUGGUCCAUCGUUGGUCUGCAGUUAUAACUUUUAGUCUUUACACUGUUUCCUAACUGAAUUAUACCAGAUGUACCCAUUCUGCUUUGCAAAGCUUGGUGACAACAGCUUGAAAGUGCUAACGAAUAGAAAUGUUACAUUUUCAAAGGGAAUAAGGUGAAAUCUCUUUUUUUUUCUAAUUUAAGCCACUUCUUUUUAUGCUAUUUGUUCGUUUGUUUUCCAUUUCCAUCAGACAAUUCUAACUUUAUUAAGUUAUUUGUCUGACUCAAUGCAUAUUGUGCUGCUAAAAUGUAGUCCUUGACUCCACAUUCUCUUCUCUAGCAUGACGAUAUAUUGGAUCUAAAGAAUCUAUAUUUCAGAUGCGCAGUACCUACGUCUGUGGUAUACCUUUGAUGGCGUUUGUUUGUUUCGGAUGGCAGGUAUAUUUUUGCUUUUGGAAAGCCUUUAGUGCUUUAAAGAGGAGUCUCUCUCUCUUUCUUUCUCUUUCUCUUCCAACCAGCCACUGAGAUGUCUAAAGUUUGAAAUUUUAAGACCGGAAGCUGGACCCUCAGGGCUGAGGAGAAAAAUGCGCUGUUGACUCUUUCAAAAAGUGGCACCUGGGUCGUUACAUAUGAGGGGAUAAAAAAAAAAAAAGCUAUUUUAAUCAAUUUUAACAUUCUUAAACAACCACAUGCAAAAAAAAAAAAAGAAUUUUAUUUAUUAUAUAUAUUUUUUUGAUUGAAUAAGAGCAUUUUGUCCGAGCUCAUGUGCAUUUUAUUUUAUUAAUUUAAAAAGGUCACACAACUUUCUUAAACUUUUUAUUUAUGCAUAGAAGUCUAAAAUAAGAUUAAAAUUUAUAUAAGUCUCAGUAUAGGCGAGGAGACUGAAAAUUUGUAGUGUUAGAAACAGCAAAACUGUUGGAUUAUUUAUAUGUUGUUGUUUUUUUUCAUUUGCCACAGUUGAUGCAUAUUGACACCUCUAAUGCCUACUAAAAUGUAUCCUCUUUUUUUCUUCUUUUGUAUUUAAUCGAAGGACAUCCAGAAUAUAUAUAUAUAUUUUUCUUCCAGUUUGAAGGGUGAACAGAUUGUAAAGCCUCAAAAAAUUUGCAACGUUUUUUGAAAUUAGACGAAUCUCACCCGGCCCACAAGCAUGUCUCUGUCCAAAAUGCCUGUGUGUAAAUCCUCUCAGAAACAAACGUGUAGGCGAUCGCCAGCUCUUCUUCUGUAUCAUCUGUUCUACCCUCCCUCAUGUGUGUGAUGUUUGUUGAAAUUUUGAUGUGAAACGACGGCACCUUUACCUGAGCCAUCUCUCACACUCCUCCUGACUGAAGGAAACCAGUUCUAUGAGUUCUUGUAGCUAGUCACACGUGCCAGUAUGGGAAUCAAUAAUCUGAAAUGUGUCUGUAAUUUAGUUUGUGGAUAUUUUUGCACACCAUUUAGAAAGCUGACACAAUUAUUUUUCCCAAUCAUAUUUACUUGUCUUUGCAAGGGAAGUACACUUUGCUGUAGCAGAUUUUAUGUAACAAAGGAUAUGUCAUUAUAAUAAAUUCUUUUUAUUAAAA